AUGUCGAAGAUUCUUAUAAGUUGCUUGUUGUUCCUGAUAUUAGUAUGCACUUACGCGCUCGCAUCAGUUCCGGAAGAUGCUAAGCAGAAACGGGGCAUCAUCGGUAAUGAUAGAUGGAUCGGUCUAUCAAGUCUUUACGAACAUGGACAUCCGUGGUCGGUCGAUCAUAUUCCAUGGAAAGGACUCAAACUACCUGAAGUUAAUCUAUUGCAUUUGGCAGAAGCGCUUUCAACUUAUGACAAAAAUAACAUCGCCUCGACACACGGAAUUUUGGAAACCUUUCCAGUGUAUAUAACUAAGCACGUGGUCGUGGAAAAACCGGUGCCAGUUCCAGAACCAGUGAUCAUAGAAAAACCAUAUCAUGUGCCGAUACCAAUUGAGAAGAUCAUUCAUAAGCCAGUUCCUGUCCCGAUACCGGUGCCACAGGCGGUGCCGAUUCCAGUGAAGGAACCGAUCGUGGUGCCAGUGCAUCAGCCAUAUCCGGUGAAAGAAACGGUGCCAGUGCCGGUUCCGGUACCAGUUCCGGUUCCGAUUCAACCGAUCCCACCGCCGCUUCCGACUGGCGGGCUUCCUGGUGGCAUCUAUGCGCGCGAUCACGUACCCGGCCAUCUUUACGUCCCGUUUUACCAUCCGCCGUCAAACACCCCGCGCUUGGAUCACAACAUCGCCGCGCUUCCCCACGGCUUGGGUCACGGGCUUGGCCACGUGUUAACGGAUGGUCACAGUUAUGAAUACGAUGCCCAUGCCGACCAUCUUGUCCACCAUGAUCACAAAAAAAGAAAGACUGACAAGAAUUGAGGGGCGAGUGGGGACGGAGAGAAAAAAAGAAAACGCUUUCAUUUGUAUGUAGUUGAAAAAAUAAAUUUUGACAGAAGAAAGGAACGGAUUAAAUUCACGUAUAUUCCGAGGUUAAAGAUUCUUUAUAAUGUUGACCGAAAAAAAU